AUGCAGAGAUUUACUGGUGAACCAUUGUUAAAAAAAAUUGUAGUAGAGUUUGAGGAUUACAGAGAACUUGUGAAAAUAAGAACGAACAAGCUUUCGAAGAAACACUCGCGGUGUAUGGCUGAUGGGAACGAGUUUCUUGGGUUCCAUGGUACCACUCUUUCUUGCACUCUCGGUUCCAGUAACAGCUCUUCAAACCUCUGUUUCCCGGAUCAAUGUGGAGUUUGUCAUAUUUUAAGACAUGGGUUCAGUGCUAAAACGAGACCGGAUGGGAUUAAUGGGGUUCUCACAGCAUCAACGAGCUCUACAGCUCUUGAAUGUAUUGAAAUUACCGAUCAGAGAAUGAACAUAGGUUCAUUGAAAGCAGUUGUGCUAUGUAGAGUGAUUGUAGGGAGGGUUCAUAAACCGAUGCAGAAGUUUGAAGAUCCUUGUGGGUUUUCUGAGUUUGAUUCGUUGGCUUUGAAAAUGGGACCAAAUUCUAGAAUUGAAGAGUGUUUUUCUGUUGAGUACUAA